AUGGCGAGGAGAUGCGGACCUAAAGGAAAUAGUCCCCGGAACCAAUUCCUGACGGGAACGGCAGACGCGGGAGCGCCCCGGGCCGCGGGGCCGUGCUGGCCGACCUGCUCUUCCGCUGCCCCCCCGUGCGGCCCGGACCGGCUGGCCGCCUGCGCCACGCCCACGCCACCGCCCCCCGCCGCCGCCGCCGCCGCCGGGGAGCCCUCCGGCCUGCGCCGAGCUGGUGCGGCGAGCCCGGCUGCGGCUGCUGCCCGGUCUGCGCCCGGCUGGAGGGCGAGGCGUGCGGGGGUCUACACCCCGCGCUGCGCCCACGGGCUGCCGCUGCUAACCCGCGCCCCGGCGCAGACCCCUGCCCCUCCAACGCCCUCGUCACGGCAGAGGCACUGCGCCCCCGCCAGACACGCCCGGAGGCCCGCCACAGAGUCCGGCGAUGAGCAUCCGGCGGAGGGCAGCCCGGCGGAGAACCACGUGGACGGGGGCGUCGCGGGCGGCGGAGCGGGUAGCGGCCGGAAGCCCCUCAAGUCGGGCAUGAAGGAGCUGGCCGUGCUCCGAGAGAAGGUCACGGAGCAGCAUCGCCAGCUGGGCAAGGUCACCAAGCACCACCCCCACGGCCUGGACGACAAGAAGCUGAUUCGGCCCAGGACGGCGUGCCAGCAGGAGCUGGACCAGGUGCUGGAGAGGAUCUCGACGCUGCGGCUGCCGGAGGACGAGCGCGGGCCCCUGGAGCACCUCUACUCCCUGCACAUCCCUAACUGCGACAGGCAGGGACUCUACAACCUCAAACAGUGCAAGAUGUCUGUCAACGGUCAGCGGGGCGAGUGCUGGUGUGUGAACCCCAAUACGGGCAAGCUGAUUCAGGGGGCCCCUACUGUCCGUGGGGACCCCCAGUGCCACCUCUUCCACCCGGAGCCCGAAGGCUAGGGGGGGUCUCCCGCAACGGGGGCCCUAGCCUGGACCCUAUCCGUCGUCUGCCCGCAUCUGCUGCCCACCCCCCACCGCCUCCUUCUUCUCCUCCUCUUGCUCUUCCCCCUCCUUCUCCUUCUCUUCCUCCUCAACCCCAGCAGCUGGAGCUGGGGAGGGGCCGUGGGCAGGGCCAGAUUUUCCAAGAAUUUUAACCUGCAUAUUUAUAUUUGGAGAGAGACCCGCCCUGAUGUCCCUCUCCCCCUCCCCUACCUGGUCAAAUGGCUCCCCCUCCUCCCUUUGCAAGGCCGGGGGUGCGGGGAGGGCGGGUACCCGGGUUGGGGAAGGGGAAGGGGGUGGGCACAGUUUGGCGGCUGCGGGCAAAGGGUGGAGGGGGAAAGAGAAGGAAGUUUUUUUUAACCUGCACCUCUUUCACCUAAGAUUAAAAGAAGGAAAAAUCAAA